CCAACGGAAAAAUUCUCUCACACGAAACACUGUCAGUCGAGAAGAUCAGUUGGCAAAUGUGCCAAUUUACCAGAGUUGUUGCUAAAUCUAGUCAUUCUGAUCAUCCCUGGCAGCGAGAGAAACGAUUGAAAUAUCUUUGAAACGUCAAAUAAUCACCACUCCCUUUUUUGGUUGUGAGUUGUCUGCGGGAGUUUCUUUCUUUUUUUGUACUGUUGCCCGUGUCUGUGUGUGUGUGUGUGUGUGUCUGUGUGUACGUGUGGGCACCUUGCAUCUCUUGUUGACAAGCCCUGUUGGUCUAUACACCUCUCUGCCAGGGGUUUGAGCCUCAGUUGGGUCUUUCAUUUCUCAUUGUGUUUACGUGUCUGGUUCGCGGUUCGCGCCAGCCGAUGAUGUGCAAACUGUUCAGUGAUUAUCAACCGAAAAUCAUUACCUGACUCUCCUGCCUUUGUGUGUCCAUCAUCUUAACUGUCAUUUGAAAUUUGAUCCCAUAACUUUUAUCCUGUAAAAUGAAUACCGUACUUGACAAAGAAGACAUUCUGGUGCACGCUGCAGAGUUUAUCAAAGAUCAACUCUAUUUCGCUACUCUGAAGGUGUCCAUCAGACCAAAGUCCACGCCAGACACCCACUAUUUCUGCAUAGAUGACCAGCUCGUGUACAGAAAUUUUUAUUCAGACUUUGGUCCACUGAACUUGGCUAUGCUGUAUCGCUACUGUCACAAACUCAAUCGGAAACUCAAGGCACCGAAUCUGGCCAAGAAGUGCAUCGUUCAUUAUACGACCGAAGACCAACACAAGAGGGCCAAUGCGGCCAUGCUAAUCGGCUCCUACGCUGUGAUUUAUUUAAACAAGAGCCCAGAAGAGGCUUUUAGGUUACUGACGAGUGGAAACAGUCCAACAUUUUUACCGUUUAGAGAUGCUUCUUACGGCUGGGCCGAAUAUAGCAUUUCCAUCCUGGACUGCCUGCAUGCCAUCGAGAAGGCUAUCAAGUUCAAUUUUUUCGAUUUUUCAGACUUUGACGUUGACGAGUACGAACAUUAUGAGCGUGUGGAGAAUGGCGACUUCAACUGGAUCAUCCCCGGCAAGUUUAUUGCCUUUUGCGGGCCGCAUUCGACCAAGAAUGAGGAAGAAGGCCAGCACACCCCCGAGUCUUAUUUCAACUAUUUCCGCGAGUACGACGUGACGACCAUUGUUCGCCUGAAUAAGCGCAUCUACGACGCGGCCCGUUUCACUCGAGGGGGAUUCCAACAUCGAGAUCUUUUCUUCACCGACGGCAGCACGCCAAGCGAUCUGAUCAUGGAACGCUUCUUGAACAUAUGUGAAGCCACCAGCGGCGCUGUGGCAGUUCAUUGUAAAGCUGGACUGGGGCGGACUGGCACGCUUAUCGCCUGCUACAUGAUGAAGCACUACCGCAUGACUGCACACGAAUCUAUUGCCUGGCUGAGAAUCUGCCGGCCCGGCUGCGUCAUUGGACACCAGCAAACCUGGGUCGAAAGCAAACAAUUGCAAAUGUGGCUGCAGAAGGACGAGUACGACAAUGCGCACAACGGCCAGUCUUUGGGGAUCGUCUGCCCUUUCCCCGUUCACAGUUUGAAGCAGCGCAAGCACUUCGAGUCCAAUUCAAACGCCAACUACAGCAGUCGUCACGUCGGAAAGGCAGCUGUGUACCUAUCGGAGAUCUGCGUCACGGGCAGCAGCUUGAACUCGGUGAAAUGUCCCAAAGUGACGGACAAUGGCAAUCGAAUCAACGACAAUGCCGGUGCCAAUUCCCUGGGUGAAUCCAAUUGCCGGUCGGUGAUCUGCGUCAACAGCACGGCCGAAAAGGCCGAGCCGGACAGCGGAAGUGUUCGCAGUAUCCUCAACAUCCUGGACAGUUUUAAAUUGGAAGACAUGAAGGAUGACAAGAACUCAUCCGCCUCGGUCACCGCCGUCGUCAACAAACCCGGAAUCUCGGUGGCAGACAGCGCAUUGCUGGACGGCCCAGUCGACCCCAACGCCAACACCAAACCGGAGCCGCUCAAGGAGAAGAAAGGCAGCGUUUUCAACGAGGAGUGCCUCGUCAACGGCAUGUCGCAGGGCGAUCGCCUCCAGCAAAUCAAAUCUCUUCGGCGGCACGCCAGGGCAACUACAACCGGAGCUCUAAAGAACUGUGAUGAUAUUGUCCUCCAUAGGAGUAACAAGGCGACCACCAAAAGCUCUGAUCUAAGAUCGACUGACGAGGCCACACGCAACCGCAGCCGUACAUCUCAGCGCUUACAGACAAUCGGUCAGGGCGGAGUCCUUCUGCCAUCUCCACUCAAAUCGAACCGAGUGAGUUCGGCCCUGACUGUCAAUGCGGCAUCAGCUCUCAACUCGUCCCAGGGAAGCAACAGCAGCGGCGGAGGUGGUGGUGGCAGCAGCAGCAGAUCGCCCAAAACUAUCGACGACGGUAAAGUGAAUGGCGAAAGCUCUUCGUCAGGCUACAAACGUGUUACCAGGUCGACGACGACGACUAAAAGACACGCUUGGCUGCUGAGCUCGGGUUGUGGUGUUUAUCAUGGCCACGCAGGUUCCUCCUCUUCUCGUCUUUUACGAUUGUCGCUGGGUGCGAGUAAGCGGGCGGCGGCGACGACGUCGUCGUCGACGACGUCGUCGUCGACGACGGGGGGACUACUGGGGCGCCCUACCCAUCACCUGACAUCCCCCCAUUCCGCUUCAGUGGAAGUCCCUCCCGCUUCCUCCUCUCCCGCUUCUGCUAGCUUUUGCGACUUGAAGACCAAGAGGAAGAUCAGAGACAAAGCCAUAAAAACUAGCCGGUCAACUCCGUCCUCUGGCCCUUGCCCCGUCAUGCCACGCGAUCCCAUGACGGACGGGCCGAUCGGGAAGAAUUCACGUACAAUCUCUUCACGUCGGCCGUUGACUCGAUCCGUCCUACGCGCUUCUCUCUCGCCGUUGGGGUCCGGCCCGGGAACUCCUUCCGGCAGCGGAGCAAGUAAAAAAGUCCUGGCCCACCACGGCUCGCCGUCGAUUAAAGCAUCGGGUAUUGCUCACCCGCGUCGCCUUCUGGCCACUCACGCCCUCCUGCCAAAAUAAAGAGAAAUGAAAAGGAAAAAUACAAAGAAAAUGUGUACACACACCCCAUCCCAUCUCGUAAAGAAUCGCUAAUGACCGGUUCCGUCGUUCCCUGCUGCACUCUGUCGUCAAUUUUGACCAUUUUUACUAUCUCAUCCUUUUUACAAUCAAGACUAUUUUUCCCUUCCCUUUUUUAAAGUAAUUAAUGUGUUUCUUUUUAUUUUCUUUGAUGUCCUGAGUUCAUUCGAAUCCUUCCACGUAUUGCCGAGCUCCUCUGUCGUCGGUUGUCGUGAGUUUGUGAGCUCUCCCUAAAGAAACAAAGAGAGAAAGUUUUUGACAAACGAUCGAUUUAUCCGGGGUUCUUUUACUCCUGGCUCUGUAUCGAUCUCGUUUCCUGCCCUCCUUCAUUUCUGUUUUAUCGUCUCUCAUUUGAACACCGAACACAGAAAGCUACUCGUCCUACCAAACCUGGGUGUUUAUUGUCUCUGCUAUAAAAACACGAAACGAAACUAAAAACGAGACAGUUUCGUGUCGUCAUUGUCUUGUGUGGCUUUUUAAUUGGUUUCGGUUGCAAUAAUUAUUUUAUUUUCUUAAAAUAUUUCCCCCAUUUCUUUGUGUAGUUGUGUCAAUAUCCCCUUUUUCUAAUUUAAUGUUUGCUUUUAACACGCUUGCUUUAGUCGCUCUUUCUGUCAAUCUUUUUAAUUUUUUUUUCCUAAACAUUUUUCGGUUGUAUCCUAUUUUUGUAUCAUCGAUUCUUCUGUUUUGAUAUUUUUUUUUUAGCAUAAAGACUUCGCUGCGGACCGUAAAUCGACGAUGAACGGAUCGAUGUAUUUUUUUUCCCGAGCCAGUGCUCAUCUCACUUGUCAGACUAUGCCCUUACUGUAAUUGCUUUGGGCGUUUUUAACUUUUGUACUUUUGUUUAAUUUUUUUUUCUUUUAAUAUGGUGACCUGGUAGUGAUGAUUUUGACAUUCUUUAUGUUUCACACUCCCAUUCUAAAAUUUUCUUCGUUAGAAGCAUAGCAACAGAUGCCAUUCUUAAAUUGAAAUGCCGCCUUUUUUUCUCUUCCGGGCUUUUUACUUGUGCCAUUGUACGAUUUCAUUUUUCUAUUUUUUUUCAAACAAAACAACAAUACUGCUGCCAUUUUACGCACGCUUUCCCUGUUUAAUCCCCAAACACAUUACCAACGCAGCGAGUCUAUGCUUCGCCGACAUUUUUUUAACACAUAGAUUUUGGUACUUAAGUGGUGAAACGGAUUCUCUACUUUAUUUCCCAACUCCUGCGACAAUGUGACGCAAUACGAGAAGAAUAGUCUGGCCGGACGAAAAUUGCAAGAUCGUGCGAGGGAAGUUU